CCGCAGAGACGGGUUCGGGUCCGCGGUCCUCUUGCCCCUUUCCAGGCCCUUGAGUUUUAAAUCGCCAUUUAGUAUGAUGUCAAGAAACAAUUUGGAAGUACCUCCUUCUAAGAUGACAGAGCCAUUUAAUUUUGAGAAAAAUGAAAACAAGCUUCCACCACCUGAGUCUUUAAGAAGUCCUGGAACACUCCCUAACCAUCCUAAUUUCAGGUUGAAAAGCUCAGAGAAUGGAAAUAAAAAGAACAAUUUUUUGCUUUGUGAGCAAACCAAACAAUAUUUGGCUAGUCAGGAAGACAGUUCAGUUUCUUCAAAGCCUAAUGGCAUCAACGGAGAAGUGGUUGAUUCCAAAGGAGACAGGAAAAAAUUGCCAGCAGGAAACUCAGUGUCAUCACCAAGUGUAGAAAGUAAUUCACCACCCAAAGAAGUGAAUACUAAGCCUGGAAAUAAUGUGCAUCCUGCAAAAUCAAAAAAACUAAACAAGUUGGUCGAGAAUUCCUUGUCCAUAAGUAAUCCAGGGCUCUUCACCUCCUUACGACCUCCUCUUCGGUCCACAACUUGCCAUCGCUGUGGCCUGUUUGGAUCGCUGAGGUGCUCUCAGUGCAAGCAGACCUACUAUUGUUCCACAGCGUGUCAGAGAAGAGACUGGUCUGCACACAGCAUCGUGUGCAAGCCUGUUCAGCCAAAUUUCCACAAACUUGAAGAUAAUAAAUCAUCUGUUGAAACAAAGGAUGUGGAGGUAAACAAUAAGAGUGACUGUCCACUUGGAGUUACUAAGGAAAUAGCCAUUUGGGCUGAGAGAAUAAUGUUUUCUGAUUUGAGAAGUCUACAACUGCAGAAAACCAUGGAAGUAAAGGGUACAGUUACCGAAUUCAAACACCCAGGGGACUUCUACGUGCAGUUAUAUUCUUCAGAAGUUUUAGAAUACAUGAAACAGCUCUCUGCCAGCUUAAAAGAAACAUAUGCAAAUAUGAAUGAAAAAGACUAUAUUCCUGUUAAGGGGGAAGUUUGUAUUGCCAAGUACACUGUUGAUCAGACCUGGAACAGAGUGAUCAUACAGAACGUUGAUGUGCAGCAAAAGAAGGCACAUGUCUUAUAUAUUGAUUAUGGAAAUGAAGAAAUAAUUCCAUUAAACAGAAUUUACCACCUCAACAGGAACAUUGACUUGUUUCCUCCUUGUGCCAUAAAGUGCUUUGUAGCCAAUGUUAUCCCAGCAGAAGGGAAUUGGAGCAGUGAUUGUAUCAAAGCUACUAAACCACUGUUAAUGGAGCAGUACUGCUCCAUAAAGAUUGUUGACAUCUUGGAAGAGGAAGUGGUUACCUUUGCUGUAGAAGUUGAGCUGCCAAAUUCAGGAAAACUUUUAGACCAUGUACUUAUAGAAAUGGGAUAUGGCUUGAAACCCAACGGACAAGAUUCUAAGAAGGAAAAUGCAGAUCAAAGUGAUCCUGAAGAUAUUGGAGAAAUGACAACUGAAAACAAAAUUGUCAUAGACAAAAGUGACCUAAUCCCGAAAGUGUUAACUUUGAAUGUGGGUGAUGAGUUUUGUGGUGUGGUUGCCCACAUUCAAACACCAGAAGACUUCUUUUGUCAACAACUGCAAAGUGGCCGAAAGCUGGCUGAACUUCAGGCAUCGCUUAGCAAGUACUGUGGUCAGUUGCCUCCACGCUCUGAUUUUUAUCCAGCCAUUGGUGAUAUAUGUUGUGCUCAGUUCUCAGGAGUAAAGCCAUCAUUAGAAAUUUGGACUCCGGAAGCUGUUUGUCUCAUGAAAAAACUUGUACAGAACAAAAUAAUCACAGUGAAGGUGGUGGACAAGUUGGAAAACAGUUCCCUGGUGGAGCUUAUUGAUAAAUCCGAGACGCCUCAUGUCAGUGUUAGCAGAGUUCUCAUAGAUGCAGGCUUUGCUGUGGGAGAACAGAGGAUGGUGACAGAUAAACCCAGUGACAUGAAAGAAGCCAUUGUUCCCUUGGGUGUGGAAGGAAAAGUAGAUCCAUUGGAGUGGACAUGGGUUGAGCUUGCUGUUGACCAAACAGUAGAUGUUGUGGUCUGUGUGAUAUAUAGUCCUGGAGAAUUUUAUUGCCAUGUGCUUAAAGAGGAUGCUUUAAAGAAACUGAAUGAUUUGAACAAGUCAUUAGCAGAACAUUGCCAGCAGAAGUUACCUAAUGGUUUCAAGGCAGAGAUAGGACAACCUUGUUGUGCUUUUUUUGCAGAUAUACAAUCUAGAAACAAACAUUGGUCUGAAGAAGCCAUAACAAGAUUCCAUAUGUGUGUUGCUGGGGUAAAAUUGCAAGCCAGAGUGGUUGAAGUCACUGAAAAUGGAACAGGAGUUGAACUCACUGAUCUUUCCACUCGUUAUCCCAGAAUAAUCAGUGAUGUUCUGAUUGAUGAACAUCUGGUUUUAAAAUCUGCUUCACCACAUAAAGACUUACCAAAUGAUAGACUUGUUAAUAAACAUGAACUUCAAGUUCAUGUACAGGGACUUCAAGCUACUGCUUCAGCUGAGCAAUGGAAGACGAUAGAAUUGCCAGUUAAUAAAACUGUGCAAGCAAAUGUAUUAGAAAUCAUAAGCCCAAACUUGUUUUAUGCUCUACCAAACGGGAUGCCAGAAAAUCAGGAAAAGCUGUGCCUAUUGACAGCUGAAUUAUUAGAAUACUGCAAUGCUCCGAAAAGUCGACCACCCUAUAGACCAAGAAUUGGAGACGCAUGCUGUGCCAAAUACACAAGUGAUGAUUUUUGGUAUCGUGCAGUUGUUCUGGGGACAUCAGACACUGAUGUGGAAGUGCUCUAUGCAGACUAUGGAAACAUUGAAACCGUGCCUCUUUGCAGAGUGCAACCAAUCACCUCUAGCCACCUGGCGCUUCCUUUCCAAAUUAUUAGAUGUUCACUUGAAGGGUUAAUGGAAUUGAAUGGAAGCUCUUCUCAAUUAAUAAUAAUGCUGUUAAAAAAUUUCAUGUUGAAUCAGAAUGUGAUGCUUUCUGUGAAAGGAAUUACAAAGAACGUCCAUACGGUGUCAGUUGAGAAAUGUUCUGAGAAUGGGACUGUCGAUGUAGCUGAUAAGCUGGUGACGUUUGGUCUGGCAAAAAACAUCACACCUCAAGGGCAGAGUGCUUUAAAUAGAGAAAAGAUGUAUAGGAUGAAGUGCUGCUGCACAGAGUUACAGAAACAAGUUGAAAAACAUGAACAUAUUCUUCUUUUCCUCUUAAACAAUUCAACAAAUCAAAAUAAAUUUAUUGAAAUGAAAAGACUGUUAAAAAGUUAAGUAAGUUAAAUUGUAUGUUUUCGCCUCUUUUAUGAUCACCAACAGGACAUCUUCAGGCAUGUUGUCAGGAUAGAGCUCACGGAGUGAAACCUAUUGUAAGGCUGUACUUUUGUGAUUUAAUGACCUGAGGUUUGGUCAUAACGCUUCCGCUGUUUUUGUAGGUUUAUCUGAUGGUUUUCCUUUGCCACUGCUAAUAGAACUGAACCCCCAGGGGUAUUCCAGUUGUGAUAGCCUUUCCUUACUGUUGUUUGAUUUUAAGAAUGCCUAUGUUACUGAUACGUGGAGGGACUUGUAAAACUUGUUGUGACAUAAAGCUUAGCCUCAGAUCUUUUGUCUAGAUUUGAAAUUAACUCAGCUCUCACUUGUGCACAUUGCUGUAAAUAUGUUUAGCACUUUUUGUGAGGGGUAUGUGAAGGGCCAGGAACAGAAAGUGGGCUGCACUGAGGGUAUUUUUCAUUUCAAAACAAAACAUACUGCCUGCUUUUGGCUGUGGUGAUUCUAGUGUCUGAAGAACAUACUGGUGAGUUUUAAGCCAGUGUUCCUUCCCCUCCACCCCCUUUUUUUAAAUGUCUGGGAUCCUUCGUUGUAAGAUGGCUCUCAGAAAUACAUUUUUGGUUAAGAGCCAGUUAGAACUUGUGAUCAGGGCUGGGGGUGGUGGCUCACGCCUGUAAUCCCAGCACUUUGGGAGGCUGAGGCAGGCAGAUCACCUAAGCCCAGGAGUUCGAAGCCAGCCUGGCCAACAUGGCAAAACACUGUCUCUACCUAAAAUACAAAAUUAGCUGGGUGUGGUGGUACACACCUGUUAUUCUAGCUACUUGGGAGGCUGAGACAGGAGAAUCACUUGAAUCCAGGAGGUGGAGGUUGCAAUGAGCCAAGACUGUGCUACUAUACUCCAGGCUGGGCAACAGAGUAAGACUUUGUC